AUGGAAGGCGGCAAGGCGCACCUCGACGAGCUCGACCAGGCUGCCCUCGAUGCGGGCGAUCUUGCCGCGCUGGGCCAUGCUGAGACGCUCACCCGCAAGUUUGACGUCUGGAGCAUGCUUGCCCUCUCCUUUUGCAUUCUCGGCACAUGGAGCACCUGUGCCCAGAACCUGGCCAGCGGCCUCCUCAACGGCGGCCCUGUUGCCAUCCUCUGGGGACUCGUCCUCGUAUUCUUCUGCAACCUCUGCGUCGCCAUCUCGCUGGGCGAGCUCUGCAGCAGCAUGCCCACCGCGCUCGGUCAGGCAUUCUGGAUCUCUCGUCUCUGGGAUACGCCCUGGGGUCGCCGUGCCUCCUACAUGUGUGCCUGGAUCAACACCUUUGGCUGGUGGACCCUCACCGCUUCCCAGAAUGCCUUCAUGACCCAGUUCCUCCUCGGCAUGAAGCUCAUGUUUGACCCUACAUGGGAGGGUGCCAACAAAGGCUGGGUCAAGCUUUUGGUCUACGUCGGCAUUACCGUGGGCUUCAGCGUUUUCAAUCACGUCUCCUGCCGGAACGAAAAGAUCCUGCCUGGCUUCAACAACUUUGUCGCCGUUGGCUUUGUCGGUCUCUUCUUCGCCAUAGCGCUUGGCCUCCCCAUUGCCGUUGGCACACACUCUGAUCUGCACUUUCAAAACGCCAAGUUCGUUUUCGGCACCUGGAUCAACAGUACAGGCUGGAACUCCGGCGUCACCUGGUUCCUUGGCCUUGUCCAGUCGGCCUAUGGCCUCACGGCCUUUGACUCGGUCAUCCACAUGGUGGAAGAGAUUCCAAACCCGCGAAAGCAGACGCCCAUGACCAUGUACAUGUCCGUCAUUUGCGGCGCCAUCUCCGGCUGGCUGUUCCUCUGUGUGUGCCUCUUCUGCGUCCAGGACAUCAAGAGCCUCCAGGAGCCCGAGUCGGGCCAGCCCUUCAUCCAGCUCAUCCAGGACGUUGUUGGCCUCAAAGGCGCGGCCGUGUUCGUCUCCCUGUUCACAUUCAACGGCAUGGGCCAGGGCAUUAGUAUCAUGACGUCGGCAUCGCGACUUACCUGGAGCUUUGCGCGUGACGGCGGAAUCCCCUUUGCUCGCUACUUUGCCCACGUCGACGAGUACUGGCUCAUGCCCGUGCGCGCCCUCUGGCUGCAAGCCGGCAUCAUCUCCAUCGUUGGCGUCCUCUACCUCUUUGCCGAUACGGUCCUGCAAGCCAUCCUGAGCGUUAGCACCAUUGCCCUCACCAUCUCCUACGCCAUGCCUAUCGUCGCCCUCAUGCUGGCCGGCCGUGAACGCCUCCCGCCCGGCGGCACCCUGCACCUCGGCCGAUGGGGCCCGCCCCUCAACUGGAUCUCGCUCGUCUACUGCACCGUGUCGACUGUCUUCUUCCUCUUCCCGUCGGCGCCGAACCCGGGCAUCGCGGACAUGAACUGGGCCAUUGCCGUGUUCGGCAUCAUGCUCGUCGUCUCCAUCAGCUUCUGGUUCCUGCAGGGUCAGCGCACCUAUAUGGAGACGCACGACCUGCCCGAGAACAUCUUGGUCAACGACGAUGCCGCCUCCGAGACGUACGGCACCUUUGUCGCUAGCGACUGGCCACAUGCGUCCUCGCUUGCCGAGGCCUCGUCAUCGCGGUCCCGGUCCUAG